UGAGUCAUUGCGUUUUUCAAGGUAAGCGGAUUUUCCUACUUGCGGUUUCACAUCCUGCGUGGCUUUUGUUCUGUUGUUGUUAACUUCGGAAGAUGGGCGACAAAGAAGCUCUAACUGUACAAGAAAAAACGAACGAUGAAGAUAUGGAUGGAAAAGUGGAAUUGCCACCAGGAAUCAAGGACAUGGAUUUAAAGAGCAGUGUUGUAUACAAAGGCCAGCAAGAGAAACCGAAAGAGCUUGCUAAGGCGGCCAUGGCUAGACGAGCGAUCUCUGUGGAUGAUAAUGUUCCUGAAACAGAAUCCAAAGAUCAAAAACCAGUCGCAGAUGACAGCAAAGCGAAAGUAGCGAAAACCCAAUCCCUGGAGAAUAUACAAGAAAACACCCCAUCUGAUCAACACCCGGCCCCGGACUACGAUACUGCAGAAAACGAAACAGUAAAUAAACCCCUCCUUUCCCCUCCAGCUGAAGGGGAGGUAACUACUGAGAAUGCUGAUGACGGCAACAAUACCUUCUGUUGUCUCACAAUCAAAACCAAACCCUCUGACAAACCAGAUUGGCCGCCGAAAUUCCAGAUUAAGGACAUUAUUUUGGCUUUUAUUGGUUUUUUGACUUUUGCGAUUGACUACGGUACAGACAUUCGGCUGUUGAUCUACUACUACACAGAACAGAGAUGGUCCCAUCUGUAUCUGACAGCGGGGUUCAUCAUCGUGCCCUCCGUCAUAUCUGGUAUUAUUUCAAUGAUCUGGUACAAGAUGUACUACAAGAGGGACAUACGUCAUGAGUACAAGCAUGCCAGGACCCUGUAUCUGUUUAGGAUCUUACUUUCGUUUCUUCAGCUGGGACGUUUGUGGAGACAGGCGGAGUACAUCUACAACGCCUCACACAGCAUCAGGAUGGAGAGGGACAAGGAGAACAGUGCCAAGGCCCAAAGACUGCGGAAGCGGGCGACGGAGGAGAAACGAGACGCCACCAUUCUGGGACUGAUCGACGGCUUCCUGGAGUCUGCUCUUCAACUUAUUCUUCAAAUCUUCAUAGCGGCCGACAACCAAUAUUACAUCACAGAUUUCCCUAUACUGUCCUCUCUGCUGGCGUCGUGGGUUUCAACAUCGCUGAUCAUAACGACCUACUAUCGAGCAAACAGGAAGGCCCAGAAAGACAAGCAGAACGUCGACUAUGUGUCCUCCUUCUUCUAUCUCCUCUGGCGCAUGUUUGAGUUGGGCCCCCGGUACAUCCUUCUGGGGCUGUGUGCAGCCUAUUUCAAGCCCUGGGUUUUCAUUGUUGCCGUACCGCAUGUAAUUUUUGUCGUGCUGUUGUAUCGUUUCACGAAGGCGGAGUUAGCCGGAAUUUGCGAUGAUCCAUCCGAGGAAGAACCUGCAAAGGAAAAUGAAGCAGUUUCGGCGGAAAAUGGCGAUGUUAAAGCCAGCGGAACGGAAACGGAAAAUGGCGAUGCGACUGCCGGGGAAAAUAAAACGGAAAAUAAAACCAAUGACCAACAAGGCCAAUCCAAAGGGUGCGGAGUGCCUAUUCUCCAGUAUGCUUUCUUGGUUAUUCUUGGAUUUAUUGGUUUGUUUUCGUUCAUCAAUCUGAAGGAAGGUAAAACCAGAUAUUUGACCUUUAUCUACUACGUGGUGUACUACGCAGAAAAUCUGGUUAUGGUGGCGCUGUUAGUAUGGCUAGCAGACGACAGACUCCCGCCUCCCGAUUGUUACGUAUUGGUGGUGGCCCCGAUAGGGAUCGUGGGUCACGUGAUCAGUGCAGGGUUGUUCUACAUGUGUUUCCAUCCGCAAACAGCUGGAGAGAGGAGAAUCAUUGCACCAAGAGUAAAAAUAAACUGCCCGAUUUUACGAAAAUGAGACGUCAUUUUAUGUCCGUUCUUCAUCAUAAGCAUUAAUCCAUCUCAUGUCCAUCCAAGAACUAACUUAAUAUUUAAGCAUAAUGUACAUUGUUUACGGCUGAUAUGUUUUGUAGUAUAGUUUAUAUUUGUUAAAUUUUGCCUUGUUUUAUCGACCGGUUUAACAUUUUUUACAUGGAUAUAUAGAGGUAAUCUAUCACAUGAUAAUCAAAUGACGUUUUACCAAUGUAUUUAACAUUUGAAAGGAUAGGAAAAACUCCACACUUACUAUUCAUUAUGAUUUAAUGGGACUCUGACGCCUACACUGUAACAGUAAAUGGUCUGUCUGAACUGUGCGGAUAAUUUCAAUAAUUUGUAUAUAAAACCUUUGGAAUAGAUACCUGUAUAAUAACAUGGUAAUAAGAAUUGCUUUACAUGUAACUUACUGUUUCACUUUAACACCAUCUGCAAAUGUCGUAAUUGUCUGCAGUCGUUAGAUGCUAUUCAGCAAAACAUAAUGUUUAGUUAAGUAAAUAAACUGAUUCAUUUUUCCUCGUUAAAGGAACUCCUUAAAUUUCGUAGUAUAAUUGCUAUUUUGUAUGAUUAUUAUGUUUAAUAACCAAGUAUCUGUUUACUACUUUAGUACUGAAAUGUUUGAUGCUAGAUGCAGGCGAAUUUAACAGUUCAAUUUUAUAGGGUCCAUGGUCAGCUUGCCAAGAUUAUCACCAAGCACAGAACUCGUUCAUAUUAACUGUUUGUUUUUGACUUGAUACUGUCAAGGUUUUGGUAUCUAAUGCGUAACACCUUGUUGGUUGAUUAUGGUGUUCUCGAAUCAGAAAUCCUAUUUUUUUUUUAAAAUCCUAUUUUUUAAAGCGUGCUUUAAAUGUGUCUUGCGACCUUGUUUUUUGUCAAUCAGUUGUGUAUUUUUACUCUGUAUGCUGAAAUGCUUUAAUUUGUUUUCGUUUUUAAAGAUAUGCCUUGGGGUGUAUCUUAAUGGCGGUAUAUAUCUGAUGUGUAUCGUAUAGCAAUUAAAACACACUAAAUCAUUUUGGAAGACAAUCAUGUGUUGCAAUACCACCAAAACAUUUGUGGUGGAAAAUUUGUUGUCAAGAUUUUCUCAUUAAUGUAACUUCUACGUCUGGUGAAAAUGUAUUUUGUUGUUCGCCUAGACUUUAAAUAGUUGUAUAAUAAAAUAAUCGUAAACCGUG